CCCGCACAGCAACGGCUCAUCUUCUCCGGCAAACAGAUGAACGACGACAAGACGGCCCAGGAUUACAAAGUGACCGGCGGUUCAGUGCUUCAUCUGGUUCUGGCCCUACGCGGCGGUCACUCCACUCACUGCUAACCAUCUGAUUAUUGAUUAUUUAAUUUGUUUCCCAAAAAAUUGAUUGUUUUUCCUCUCUUUUCAUUAAUUUUAUAUUUGAUAACAAAAAACGUUUUAAAUUUGAGCCGAUUUUCCACCAAUUGAUUGAUUGACUAAUUGUUAAUAUAUUAGUGAUUCUUGAAUGGAUGCUUAAUAAAGAUAUUAUUAAAUUA